CAACAAGUGAGAAGAGCUCGAGAGGGACUGGAGGUAACGGGAAGGGACAGCGGAAUUACGUGGAGAAGCGAGUGGCUCAGGGGGAUGUAGGGUGCCUAGUAUUAUCUUGAAGAUUUUGUCAUGACUCCAUAACUUGAACAAACGGUCAGCAUGGCUGCGCAGAAGAUUCGUUCAGCAAAUGCCAACGCCCUCCCACGCUGCAAGUCUGAGGGAACCCUGAUUGACUUCAGCAGCGGGCUUCCUGAUCCCAACCUCAGUGAGGUCAAAGUACUUUCACCAAGUUCCCUACGUAUUAACAGCCCAGAGUCUUUGGAGAAUGUGAAGGAAGUGGUGGCCAUCAAGGAUUACUGUCCCAACAAUUUCACCACUUUGAAAUUUUCUAAGGGUGAGCACCUCUUUGUGUUGGACACCUCUGGGGGUGACUGGUGGUAUGCACACAACACCACUGAGAUGGGCUACAUACCUUCUACCUACGUACAGCCUCUCAAUUACCGUGACUCCUCUCUUAGUGACAGUGGCAUGAUUGAUGGAUUGCUAGAGAAAGUGGAUGAGGGAGUGAAAGAACUGGAUCUUAUGGGAAAGUGGACAGAUGUCCUUAGUCAGAAUUCUGUCAAGCCUCAUUUCAACAAUCCAUUUUUGCGUCCAUCUGUCUCCAACCCUUUCCUGAAUGGGUCAUUGGUGGUGCCGCCAAUCUUCACUCCAGAACCUAGCAACUCUGUGGAUUUGCUUCUUUUUGAUCCGUUUGCUCCUUCUGCUGGUUCCACAGAAGCUAGUACAGAUGUUUUAGAUUUGUCCUUAAAUGCCAGUAAUUCUGAGUUAGCAGAAAAGACACCUGUGCGGAGGGAUAAUCCAUUUUUCAGGAGCAAGCGUUCAUACAGCCUCUCCGAGCUGUCUGUCCUCCAGGCCAAGUCUGAGAGUCCGGCCACGGGUAACUACUUUGCUGGUUUAAAGUCCCCAGCACCCGAGCAGUUCCAGAGCAGGGAGGAUUUCAGAACAGCAUGGCUCAAUCACCGCAAGCUAGCUCGUUCCUGCCAUGAUCUGGACCUGCUAGGCCAGAACCCAGGUUGGGGUCAAACGCAGCCUGUGGAGACUAGUAUCGUCUGCAGGCUGGACAGCUCGGGGGGUGCCGUGCAACUGCCAGACACAAACAUAAGCAUCCAUGUUCCAGAGGAACAUGUUGCCCCAGGCGACACACAGCAAAUUUCACUGAAAGCCUUGCUAGACCCACCACUGGAACUGAAUAGUGACAAGUGCAGCACAAUCAGUCCUGUGUUGGAAAUCAAACUCAGCAAUAUGGAGGUGCAGAGCUUCCUCACUUUGGAGCUGAAAGUAUCUGCAGAGCUACGCAGUGAUAUUGCACAACAAAGCUUAGUUGGGAUAAAGUGCCUGCGGGCAGAAGCCAAGGAGGGGCCGUAUAUUCUGGUGCCACAGACUUACAUGUAUGGGGAUGUUGUACAGGUAAAGCUGGAUAACCUUGAGCCAGUUAUGUACAUUGCAAUGGUUGCGCAAGGUCACAACAUUCUUUCUCCUGCUACAGUGUGGGACUAUAUAUAUAAGAAAGUCACUGUAGGACUGUAUGGCCCAAAACACAUUCACCCAUCAUUUAAAGCGGUUGCUGCUAUAUUUGGUCAUGAUUGUGCUCCCAAAACUCUUCUGGUCACAGAGGUAGGUCAACUGGUUCACAAUUCAGCUCCAGUGACUUUACAACUGUGGGGGAAACAACAGUUUAUUCUUACAAGACCUCAGGACUUAAAGAUUUGCCUGUUCUCUAAUAUGACAAACUACAGAGUGCAAGAUGAGGAUCAGGGCAAGGUAGUGAGAGGAUUUCAGCUGAAACUAGGUAAAGUUAGUAGACUAAUUUUCCCAAUAAGCUGCCAAGACUCUGCACAACUUUCAGACUUCACACUUAGGUUGCAAGUGAGGGAUGAAGGAGGGGCUAUCUUGUCCCAGUAUUGUGUGCAAACCCCUCAACCUGCUCCCAAAACUGGAAUCAAAACCACAGGACCAAGAAGGUACCUGAAGAAGAAGGAGGUGCCAAAGAUAGUCUUGUCACCUCUGGCAAUCACUUGCAAGUAUCGCACUUUCCAGGACAGACCAGUGAGUAGCCUAAAGUAUGGGAAGCUUCUCAAAACUGUUGUGAGACAGAGCAAAAACCCAUAUCUGCUAGAAUAUAAGAAAGGGGAUGUGAUGGGUCUUUUGAGUGAAGAAAAGAUCCGGCUCAAGGGACAACUAUGGACCAAGGAGUGGUACAUUGGAUACUAUCAAGGCAAAGUUGGACUUGUGCAUGCAAAGAACGUGCUAGUUGUUGGAAAGGUGAAGCCAAGUUUUUUCUCUGGUCCUGAACUGACCACAACCUCCCUUCUGGAACAGAUAUUAAGACCAAGCAAAUUCUUGACUUACAUCUAUGCCUCUGUCCGCACCUUGCUGAUGGAGAACAUUGGCAGUUGGCGCUCUUUUGCUGAUGCCUUGGGUUAUGUGAACUUACCCCUCUCCUACUUCUGUCGAGUGGAGCCAGAGAGCGAGUCUGAGAGGGUGGCAUCCGUUUUAGAGAAAUUGAAAGAGGAGUGUAACAGCAAUGAGGGCAAGGAGAGGAAAUCCUUCCAAAAGGAGUUGAUGGCGGCCUUGCUGAAGAUGGACUGCCAAGGUUUGCUGGUUCGUCUUAUUCAGGACUUUGUUCUGCUUACAACAGCAGUAGAGGUUGCUCAACGCUGGAGGGAAUUGGCUGAGAAACUGGCUAAAGUGUCCAAACACCAAAUGGAUGGCUAUGAAGCCCCUCACCGGGACCGAAACGGGAUGCUGGACAAUGAGGCCAUGUGGAAGCCAGCAUAUGACUUCCUCCUAACGUGGAGCUCUCAAAUUGGGGAUAGCUAUCGAGAUGUGAUCCAAGAGCUUCACACAGGCCUUGACAGAAUGCGCAAUCCAAUCACCAAGCGGUGGAAACAUCUGACUGGAACACUUAUCCUGGUGAAUUCCCUGGAGACCCUGAGAGCAGCUGCUUUUUGUACACAAGAGCCAGAAGACUGUGCCAUCUGAGCACCAGGCACGUGACUAGUAAACUCAACAGGGAUUAUGUUACAGCAGCACGUGGAUUUGGCCUGUCCCGGCUCCUCUAGCUGCCCCACUAAAUCUCACCAUGACAAAGAUGUGUUUAUUUUUCUCUGCAGCAAUAAAAUAGCACAUACAUGGUAGUAAGGUCCAUCAAUGUCCUGAAUGGCCAAGUUUUUUUGUUUGUUUUUAACUCUACCUGGCAGUUUGUGGUUUAAAACCUUUGCACUAACCUGCCCUAGACUUUAGACUCCAGCUUACUUAUUGAGACACCAGUGUUUUUAAUAGUGUUUAAUUAUUGUGACUGAGCCAAAAUCCCAGGAUUGUGGAGUGAAGAGGGACAUUUACUUCUCCUUGGACAUUUGUCUGUGUUUAUUACUUUUCCUACUUUUUUAUUUUUGAUUCCUGUACUUGCGUGUACGAUCUGAGGGGAAAAGCACAGAAUUUAUGGCUCGUGCAUUUUUUUUUUAAUGUAUUUCUUCUGUGCAUUUCACUUUUAAAUUAUCACUUCAUGCCUUGUAAAUAUGUAUUUAUGUAAAUCUGAGAAGCUUGUCCAGUGAUGCUACAUGUCAAGUCUUGGAAUUAUUUUUCAUAGUAAUCAUGUUGCCAAUUACAACAGUAAAGCUGAACAAGAGAUGGGUUAUUAUCUUACGUGUGCUUAAAGCAUUGGACUAUAACCCAACUCCUGGAAAGCAUUCUGCCCAGGGAAUUCUUUGAUAUCUAAUAUGCCUGGAAAGUAAUCAUGGAAUCGAAAGGUCCUUUUGGGUCUUUUGAUAUCAAAAUAAUUUCCUUCAUAAUGCAGCCCCUGUAUAUUACUGUGUCCUAGUACACUCCAUCACCUCCAGAUGUUAUCUCCCAUAUGGCUGUUCUCCAAUUCUUGUAAUUUGUUGUAUUGCUUGUGCCUUAUACUGAUUGUAUUCAUGUAAUCCCUGAUCCCCAGUUGUCAGACAUCAUCACAUAGACUACUGUGACAAUAAGGGACACAUGGAAUUUAGGUGGGAGCUUUUUCUUGUUUUAGAUCAUGUUUUUAUUACUGACUUUCUAACUACCUCUUAUUGUUUCACCGUAACAAUCUAAUAAAAUCUUAGGUCAAAGA